AUGAAUACCAAAGAUUUUGUAGUCAUUCCCUGGGGGAAACCUGGAAGUUCUGUAAAACUAAAAUAUAAACGUGUGCAGGAACUACAAAUGGAGAAAAUUCAGCUAGAACUGGAGAACCAAAAGAUGGAAAAGAAAUUACGAGAAUUCCAGUCCACAUGGAACAAGGGAAGGGAAGAAAUUAUGGCAAGUGGUUAUCACUGGAAAUCCGGAAAUGUGAGUAAAUUGCGUAUCCCAUCAGGCAUAGCAUCACAAAGUAAAGAAAACACUACCAAGCUCUCCGCUGGAAAAGUGAAAUUGAAGUUGCUUAAGGAAGAGAUUCAAGCUCCAGCAAAACAACAAGUUAGUUACAAAAUGGCACAUUCUACUGGAAGUGAAAACCCUAAGACUAAAAGGAAAGUUUGCGGACAGUGUGAGACCAAAGCUGCCCUCCUUGUAUGCCUGGAAUGUGGCGAAGACUAUUGUUCAGGAUGCUUUGCUAAAAUGCACCAGAAGGGGGCGCUGAAGUUCCACAGAACAACUCUUUUACAGCCAAAAUCCCAAAUCUUAUCCAACGUAUUAGAUGCUGCUCAUCAAUUUAUAAAGGAAGUAAAUCCACCCAAUGAAGGGACCAACCCUGCAGAAGCAUCCAGUAAAAGUCACCAGAAACCCAAAGCCCUCCUUCUUCAGAACAGCUCUGAGGUAGAAACUAGAGCCACAGAAGGAGGAGAAGGUGAAAAUCCAAGGUGCAAGGCCAUGUGGGAAAUGCCUUUUGAUGAAGAAGCAUCUGCCCAGUCCUUCCAAGAAGCCUUAACAGAGUGGAGAUCUGGCCAUCAGGAGGAAAACAAGGAGGAGGAAGCACAUGCAAAAAAACCAGACUCUGUGGAAGAAUGUGAAGUACAAACUAAUUUGAAAAUUUGGACAGAACCAAUUAAUAUCGAGUUCACAGAAGACAGUCUGUCGUAUAUGGAAAAGUUAUGGCUCAAAAAGUACAGAAGAACUCCACAGGAACAACUUCGUACCAUGCUACCAAGUACAUUCACACAUCCACAUGAAGCUACUGCAGAGGCACAGUCCACUCACAAUGAAAAUGAGUCUGAUAGUGAUGUUGAAGAGAUCACAGUAAAAUCUCCACCCCUUUUUAUGCCAGCAGAAAAGUUGAAUAUAGAGAGACCUCCUCCAUCUCUAACAAUAGUAGAACUGGAUGGUACUCAUGGAGAAGAAUUUGAAGACCCAGGAAAUGCUGUGCCUUACAGAGUCGAAUUGGCUGACUCAGAGAGUCAACUAAGUUCUACAUUUCCGGAUUAUCAGACUUGCUUCCCAUGUGACAAUGAUAUCCAUCACCAUCUUAUUUUCAACAAGGAAAAAGCAGACCUCUUAAGUUUCUGCUUGAGAACAAAUACCGGGUACCACAAGCAUGACUUAAAAGAUUUUGGCAACACUGUGGAGUCUUGUAUUUAUUCUGAUGAAUUAAAAAAAAUACGAGAAAUCACCUCUUUUGAGAAAAAUGAAACAGAGAAAAAUAUAGACCCAAGAAAUGACAAAGAACCUGUGGUUUCCUGCAUAUCACUUGAGAGCAAGGAUUCCUUGCCAAUUGUAGAUAUAUCUACAUCUUUCAUAGAGGGGAGUUCAUCUCAAGACACCAACACAUCAUUGGAAUGCAGCAAUCCAAAUGAGAAGCCAAACUUGGAAGAUUCAAAAACUGCAAAGCCACCACUGUUACGAAAAGUAGCCCUCAGAAAAAAACCUGUAAAUGAACGCUUUCAAGGACCUAAGAAGUUCUUUCCUGCUAAUAAAAAUGAAAGGCUGGAUGCCCUCCCUUCCUCAAGCAUAAAAGGCAGCCAUUCAUGUUCUGAGAUAACAUCCACAGUUUCAGAAGACAAAAUGUGGAUCCCAGUGAACAGCUUAAGUGGGUAUGCUGGUAGUGAUCAGCAGAGUGAUGAAAAUCCACUUCCAAAUAUGCAACAGCAAAAGACAGGCCAGAAAUCACAGAGACCUUCAACAGCGAAUAUUCCUGUUUCCAACACCGAUCAAAGAGACACCAGCUGCCUUUUUUCCUCUUACACCCGAUCAAAAAGUGCAGCUGCUCAAUUUCCAUCCAGAGCUGCUUCUGAAAUUUCAGAAAUUGAAUACAUUGAUGUCACUGACAAGAAUGAGCUUUUUGGAGGUAACACUGCUGAUCAACAAGCCUUAGACACUUUGGAGAAAGAGUUAAAUAUAAUGAGAAGCCCUGCAGAUCCUUCAGAAGAACCUCACAGCCUACCCUCAGAAGAGUUACAGGCAUUCAAUGACAAUUUUCUGACCUUAAGUCAGAUGUCCAAAGACCUCCUUGAGAUGUCAUGUGAAAGUGAUCCCUAUGGAGCUGAGUCUAGCUCUUCUGGAAGAAAUACUGAAAUGCAGUCUUUGCUGUCACUUGGGGAUUACAGUACAGAUGAGGAAGAGGAAGAUUUUCUUGACAAGCAACAUGUCAUUACACUUCCAUGGGCAAAGAAGGUUUAA